AUGCAAAUUAAAAAAUUAUUCGCCAUUUCUGCUUUAAGUGGACUUGCACUCGGUGCUAAUAACUCAACCUUAACCACCGCUACUCCAAGUGUCAGUAAGGCAUGUUCUUUCAAGGACUUCACUGCUACCAAGUCUGAAGAUAUUGCAUCUAUCGCUGCUUGUUCUACUGCUGUCGGUGACAUCACUAUUAAGGGUGAUUCUUUCGGUUCCAUUGAAUUGAAUGGUGUUGAGGAGCUUUAUGGUAACCUUCACGUCAACAAUGCUACUCAAGCCACCUCAUUAAAUGCAGCAACCUUACAAUUAGUUUCCGGUAAACUUAAUUUAGACGGUAACACCAUCUUGGCCACCGUCAACCUUGCUCAAUUAACCACUGUCGGUACCCUUAACUAUAACGCUUUACCAGCUUUGGAACAGACUGGUUUGACUUCUGGUAUCACUUCUGCCGAUGAAGUUAUCAUUUCUGACACUGGUUUAACCUCCUUAGACGGUAUUAACGUUUUCAAAUUGAAGGUUUUCAACGUCAACAACAACGCUGAUAUCUCAUCUAUUGACUCUGGUUUACAAAAGGUCACUGAUGAAUUAUCUAUUUCUUACAAUGCUGACAAGGUUGAUGUUUCCUUAGAUCAAUUAGAAGAAGCUAACGAUGUCUACUUACAAUCGAUUAACUCUUUGAGUGUUGCUAACUUAACUAAGGUUUCUAACUCUUUAUCCUUAGAUUCUAACGCUUUAGACAAGAUAGAAUUCAAGCAAUUAAAGUCUAUUGGUGACUCUUUAUCUAUCACCAAGAACAGUGAAUUAGAAGAAUUAGAUUUCCCUAAGUUAGAAACUAUUGGUGGUGCUUUAUCCAUCAGCAACAAUGACAACUUAAACACCCUUGAAGGUUUCCCUAAGUUAAAUACCGUCAGUGGUACUGUUAACAUGACCGGUACUUUCGACAACGGUACUUUUGAUUCCUUAAAGAAGGUUUCGGGUGCUUUCUACUUUGAAUCUGAUGGUGACAUUUCUUGUAAGGAAUUCAAGAACGUUAAGGUUAGUGGUAAGGAAAAGACUUCUUGUGCUUCUAAGUCCUCUUCUUCAAAGAAGUCCUCUUCUACUUCUAAGUCAUCUUCUACCUCCGGCUCGAGCUCUAGCUCUAACUCUAACUCCGGUUCUGGUUCUAGCUCCAGCUCUUCAUCCGGUUCUUCUUCAACCUCCAGUUCCGGUGCUUCCAACAUUGCUGUUAAGAUGGCUACUACUUUAGCUGGUGUUGCUUUAGUCGGAUUAACCGUUUUCUAA